AUGCCAGAUGGCGCUGAUCUCUACCAGCCAGACAUACCUCCUGUUGAGAUGAGAGUCAUGAGACCGAGAACUAUCCUACUAUUCGAACGACUUGGCGCACCGCAGUAA